CUUCCUUGAAGAUGCUGAGAACUUGGUUGCUGCAUUUCUCAAAGGGGUUUCCUUAAACCGCGUUGCUUAGCUUUUUUAUUUCUUUCCAAUUUUGCAGAAUCUAACCAGCUGAAAAUGCAAAAGCAGCUACCAUUUGCAAAAACAGUGCCAACAAAAUUUUCUAUCUGAUUAUCUUGCUCCUUGUAGAGUAAUUCUUGGAACUUUUAAGUAAAUGGAUUCAAGCCUUUUUGAGGCGAUUGCUAAAAAUGAAAGACGCACUUUUAUGAAUUUAGUUCGCGAGAAUGGAGAAAUUCUCCAACAAAGAACAGCUAAAACAUUACACACGCCACUGCACCUGGCCUCAAGAUUUGAUAAUAUCGACUUGGUCACAGAAAUUAUCAAGUUGUGCCCUGACAUGGUUGCAGCUGAGAAUAGCAAGCUGGAGACUCCAUUGCGUGAAGCUUGUCGUCAAGGGAAUGUCAAGGUCUUACCGCUGCUAUUGGAUGCCAGUCCUUGGGCAGCUUGUAAGCUAAAUUCUGACAACCAGAGCGCAUUUUACAUGGCUUGUAGUCAUGGGCAUCUCAACGUGGUAAAGCUCCUUUUGAGUAAGCCAUGGGUGAAGGGGUUGGAAGAAGAUAGUUUUGUUCAAAAUAGCCUUCAUGUUGCUGUUUCAAGAGAAUACACAGGUAUUGUUAGGAAGAUUUUAGAGGUGUGGCCAGACUUUCCUCAAAAGAUUGACAGGAAUGGUUAUUCACCACUGCACUGCUCUUGUCAUAGAGGGAACGUGGAGAUAACGAGAAUGCUCCUAAAAUCUGGUGCAGAACUUGCUCUGGAAUUCAAUAAUGAUGGUUACACACCUUUGCACUUGGCUGCGAUGAAUGGCAACACUGCAAUUCUAAAAGAAUUCAUGUCUAUGGCUCCAACAUCUUUUCAGUGUCACACAAAGAAUGGAGAGACCGUUUUUCAUCUAAUUGUGAGAUACAACCACUAUGAUGCUUUCAAAUACUUGGUGCAUGUUUUCAAUGAUACCAAUAUCUUCCACUGCCCAGAUCAAUAUGGUAACACCAUCUUCCAUAUUGCAGUCUCUGGAGGUCACCAUCAGAUGUGGAGUACUUAAUCAACAAAACAACAGUGGAUUUCAGUUACCAGAACCAUAAGGGACUCACAGCACUUGACAUCUUUGACCAGGCCAGUGGAAAUGUGCAUAUAAAACUGAUCCAGCAGCAAGUAGAAAAAAUUUGUGAAAUACAGGAUAAUAACACGUCUGAACUGGAGUGCUCGUCCAAGCAGACUAGUAAUUCCCUGACUAGUACCCUGACCAGUUUUGGGCAACAGAAACAUCUCAGUGAAAGACGACAGGGAGAACUAGCAGAACUUUAUAGAAGUCGUCAGAGUAAGCAAGAUGAGAUAUAUAGUGAGGCAGUUCAGAAUGCCAGGAACACAAUUACACUAGUGGCUAUUUUGAUUGCCACAGUUACAUUUGCAGCAGGUAUAAGCCCUCCUGGUGGCAUCUAUCAGGAGGGACCACUCAAAGGAAAGUCCAUGGUGUGCCAAACAACAGCUUUCAAGGUAUUUACAUUAAGCAAUAAUAUCGCAUUGUUCACAUCUCUAUGUAUUGUUGUUGUUCUAGU